AUGUACACUAGCAAACCUGUCCAAUUCCAUGUCAUUUGCGACGAGGACGCGCAAGCCUACCUCGAGAAGCGCUUCCGACUCAUAACACGCCCGGUGCACGACGUCCUGCUUCGGUUCUACCGCCUAUCGCUGGACGACAUGAGAGGGCGCAUCGAGCGCGAGGGCGCGAUCGUGUCUGACCACUCCGCCGGUACCCCGGGCUUGAUGAAGCUCUUCAUCCACGAGAUCCUCCCGGAGUCCGUCUCACGCGCGAUCUUCAUCGACACCGACGCGUUCUUCAUCACCGACCCGGCCCUCCUCUGGGACCGCUUCUCGUCCUUCAAACCCGACACCGCCAUCUCCAUGCCCUCGCAUCCCGACCAGUCCUCAGAGGAGUGGCACGACGCCAACCGGAUCUGCUCCUGCAUCAUGCUCCUCGACCUCGCGCGCCUCCGUGCGCUCCGCCUCAUGGACUCGCGCACGUACCGCGCCGCCGGCGCGCCCGCGCUCUCGCCCAGCGCGUUCGAGGCGAUGUUCGGCACCCCCGGCGACGACGGGAAGUACAAGGGCGUGAAGCUCGGCGACCAGGGCUACUGGUGGGCGAUCGUCUUGCGGAUGCCGAAGCUCUUCGAGCACCUGAGCUACGACUGGGAGAUGUCGAGCUGCCUGAUGGACAUGUACGGGACGGCGCUCGGCGACGACGCGCGGGGCUUGGAGGAGGAGGGGAGGCGGCAGAUGCACACGUUGGACACACCGCACGAGGGCGAGACGGUCCUGCCCAAGAUGCUUCAUUUCAACUGCCUAGAUGGCACACCGCACUACUACGAGUGGGAAGGCUGGUCCGACCCGCAGAACAGCCUCACGCAGCGCUGGCACCCCGCAGUCCAGUACCACGUCGGCUUCAAAUGGGUGUGGCUCAACGCGCACAGACCAAUGGGCACGCUCACGAUCGAGACAGAGGAGAAGGUCGUCUUCGCUGACGAGCUGUUUGCGCAGCGACAAGGGAGGAACGUCGUUGGGUCCAGGGAGGAAUCUUAG